CUCGAGGUGGAGAGAGAGACAGAGAGAGAGAGAGAGAUCCUCCGGACGCCGGGCGGAGCUACGGAUCAAGUGACGGUGGGAGGCCUGUCGUUCGAUUUCCCGCUGGUUGGAGCUCGAGAGCUCCUGCUUCUGCUUCUUCAUCGCGUUGUUACGCUACUCUAGUAGGUGGUAGGAGCCUAGGAGGCGCGGCGUUCGUUUUUCGCCGGCCGGAGCUCCGGACCGGUGGGGCAUUUCACUUCUGCGGCGUCUUCAACGGUCAUACUGCUAGCUUUUGAGGAUUCGUUCCGUUUCAUUAUCUUCAUCAUCAUCUUCUUCUUUUUGCCGAAGGAGCUGAGGGAGUCUCUCCACGGAAGAAGUUACAGAGCCGACUCUGGAUGUUUAUUUCUCUUUCUCUGCUUUUCUUGUAAAAAAUACGGUUUUGAUUGAAUCAGUUGAAUACGUGGCCCUUCUUGUUGGUGAUGCGCUGAUACUGCAGGAUCUAAAUUUGGGGUGGUGACUUGACAGCUAACCUGCAAGAGGAGAAUGUUCUGCCUCUAAAUGGCAAGCAAACAUAUUUCUCUUCAGCGAUGAACUCCAGGUUUUCGGGAUCAAAGUCAAAAUGCAGGCUUUGGGCACUGGAUGGUGGGGUUUGUACUUUCAGGUCAGUUAUUCCCUUUUUGGGAAUAUCAUGCAUUGUUAUGUUGCUGUUCACCUCAAUGACCAUGUGGAUAAGAAACCAGCAGGCAGAGAUGGAAAGAGAAAUACGCCCCCUUUUUUAUAGCGAAGAAGAGUUGGAUCAUUUGCACACUGUUGCUGAAAUCUAUGGUACUUCGGGUCAUGAGUCCUUGCCCCAUGGAAUUGUGCAAGCAACUUCUGAUUUGGAAUUAAGACCUCUUUGGGCAGCAAAGAGCUUCCGCUUGUUGGAAAAUAAGGAUACUAAUAGGAGUCUCCUAGCAAUGCCUGUUGGAAUCAAGCAAAAGAAAAAUGUGGAUACCAUUGUGGAAAAGUUUUUGUUGCAGAAUUUUACAGUUAUUCUCUUUCAUUAUGAUGGUAAUGUUAAUGGAUGGAAUGACCUUCAGUGGCACAGCAAGGCAAUUCAUAUAGUUGCAAAUAACCAAAGUAAAUGGUGGUUUGCGAAGCGUUUUCUGCAUCCUGAUAUAAUAUCUAUUUAUGAUUACGUUUUUAUUUGGGAUGAAGAUAUAGGAGUAGAUAAUUUCCAUCCAGGAAGGUACUUGCAAAUUAUGAAAGCAGAAGGCUUGGAGAUUUCUCAACCGGCGCUGGAUCCUGAUUUGUCUGAAGUGCAUCACAGGAUCACUGUAAGGAAAAAAAAUGGGAGGGUCCAUAGGCAAAUAUAUGGUACUUUUGGAAGCACAAAAUGUUCAAAUACAAGCGAAGGGCCACCAUGUUCGGGAUGGGUUGAAGGGAUGGCACCUGUAUUUUCAAGGGCUGCUUGGCGUUGUGCAUGGCAUCUUAUACAGAAUGAUCUUGUACACGGAUGGGGCUUGGAUAUGAAACUCGGAUAUUGUGCUCAGGGUGACCGAACUGAGAAGGUUGGAGUGAUUGAUAGCGAGUACGUUGUGCAUAUAGGAAUUCCAACACUUGGUGGUCCUUCGAGAAAGUAUCCUGAUGCUACUGCACCUGGUAGACCAUUGGUAAAGGUACGAAGGCGUCCACCAGUUGAUGUUCGAGUAGAGAUCCGGAGGCAGUCUAGUGCAGAGUUGGAAGCGUUUAAGCAGAGGUGGAACCAAGCGGUGAAGGAAGACAAGUACUGGAUUGAUCCAUAUGGCCAUAAGCCGGAUUCAGAUAAACCGGGUGCCGCUCAUCGGGCACGUGCAAUCCCAUUACGCGAGAGGGCACGCGCAAUGCCAAUACGCGCGAGAAGUGGAUUGACUUACCGAAGAUAUGGCCCCAAACAAUGAUCGAGUUUUGAUUUUUUAUAACUAUUCAUUUUUAUUCGAUUAUACAACAAUAGUUUUGCUGGCCAUUGUAAAUGUGGUAAUGUAAUAUACGUUAUGAUUAUACAUGCAAGUCGACACCAUUCAUUCAUUAUGUGUAAGGCGACACAUGUCUAGCUUGCUGCUCAUGUAAAACAGAAAUUUACGAGAAUUAUGCCGUUUUACUUUGUAGAAAAACAGCGGCUGAGGCCAUAAUAUUUUGACAUGACUAAUGUCAUCUUGAGGAAGGUUCUCUUUGUA